AUGCGCGGAGAAGCGUGCGCGCGGAUAAAGCGGAGCGAAGACAGGAGGGGGGAGGACGUGACCUUCGCCUUCGCCCGGCCAUCAAAUCGCGAAGACACAACAAUCGCGCGCAUACACACGCGCACGCGCUCCGGCGCGUGGAUCUGCGCAGGAACGAGCGAGUGGGUGGACACGCAGAUAGACGCAGAUGCAGCGUUCACGCGGGCCCGAGCGCGCGAUCGCGUCGCUAUCGGGGUCGCGGACGUCCGCCAGCCAGCGGUCGACGAGGCACGCCCGCGCAUCCGCAGGCGAAGAGCAGAGAGCACGCAGGCUCAUGCAGGCCCACACGGGCGCGCGCGCGAUAAUUUCGCGUACUAUCCAUAUCAGACAGGCCAGCCCGUCCAGCAUUGCAAGGCCGCGGGGUACCUGGCGCACGGGCAUAUGGAAAUCAGAUAUGGAUGGAAUUCUGUGUUGGUCAGCAACGGAGACUGGAUCGAUGGAUCGAUAGACGUGAGCGACUUGUGCGUCGCGCAAGCGGUCGCUUUCAAUCGGUCGUCGUACAAUUACCGCACAGAAAUCGUGGAGUCGGGGACGUCACGAGGGCUGAACACGGUGCAAGGGAACGAAGGCGAGGAGAGGAGGAAGGGGAGGAAAGGGGCCGAUGCGGAAGGCGAGGCCCACGAAGAAGACGAAGAACGAAGCCGCUGCGACAGGGGGCCAUAUGAUAGGGCCAAGAGAAGCCGGGUGCAAGAUCCCAGCGCGGGGGCGCUGGCGAGUCGGGGCCUCUCUCGUCGCAUCGCCGACUCGGUGACUGGUGGUUACUGGCGCGGCCGCGGGUGCGCCCUGGGCAUGGACAGCGUGCCUGCGAGGAGAGGCGGAUCACGUCUGUGGAAGCCGCGGGACUACCGUGGCGGAUGCGAAGAGGAAGGCCGGCCGGGUGAGGAGGAAGGGGACGGGGAAGGGGAAGGGGAAGGGGGAGGAAAAGGUUCAUGGGGCGUCGAGGCUCUCAAGGCUGCGCCUGAACGAGCGGCUCGAGACCGCUCGAACGUCCAUCGUGCGCGGCGGUAUCAGUGUCGGCACGUCUUUACUCACGCUGAAGUUUCCGCGGCCCGACCCGCACGGGCGUUCGACCUAAGCCUCAGGUCAAUCGGUGCACCAAAAAAAAAACACAUCGGUCUGGGACCGUGUGCCCACGAACCAGGAGCCAGUAUGUGCGCAGAUAGCGCGCCGCGAGAAGCGCGGUGGGCCCAGAGCCUCGCGCAGGCCUCUCAGCAAGUUAUAUGUGGUACAAGGCGUGCAGAGACAGAUCCCGGCCGCGACUCGCGCUCGUGGAUCUCAGCACCGCCGGAGGGAGAGAUGUCCGCGCGAUCUCGACGGCUGGAGGCAAGAAGGCUGCGUGAGCAGCUGUAG